UGAAAAUCCGCCCGUGGUGAUGAAACCACCUUCCCCAAUCUGCAAAUGAACGACUAUUUGAUUACAAAUUAAUAAUAAUAAAAGCAUUCAUAUAGCAAUCCAACAAUUAUUAUUUAUAACUCAUUAAUGAUAAGAUUAAUAAUGGUGAAGAUUUAUUUGUUGCCUUUGUCUCCAGGCUUUGUUGGACCACGAGUGUCCACCUGCCCCCAGCUGACCCUUACUUAAAGCACCAAGUGCUGCACUGCUGGACAGCUUUGCCCAUAAAUGCUUUACGUUAUCCAGAUUCUUGCUCUUUUUUGGGACCAAUCAUUCCUGUGUCAUCAGCAGCACCCAGCGUGCCAGCCUCUCUGCUGAUGUGUCCUGCCCAGUGCAAGGGUUUGGACUUCACAUCCAAACCCGUCCCUAUGCAAAAACAACCAUAAACAUGAAGAUUCACCCAGGGAAAUCCUUCAUUUUUGCUGCUUCCCCAUAUUUUGGAAUCCACAAUUUGCUUUUUCUCCUCUUCUAUGAUUCUCCUUCUGUUUUGUCUUUUAUUUUAUUUGGCUGUAGGGGUUCAAAGAAUGCAAAGAAAUGGGGUAAUGAAAAAACAACAAAGGGAGAGCCUCAACUGAGAGGAGAUUUAUCACCUGGGUGCCACAGUAGGAAGCUUGGGGAAUAACAGAAGAGGACUGGGAAAAUGGUGCUGGAGACAUUUGCAGGGCAAAGAGGAGCUCAGCAGAGGAAAUUUGAUUGGUAUAAACCAUCUGAUCCCAAAUCCCCCUCAAAAAACCUGCGGUGCAGAUGGAGGUCAUGGGGGUGGAAGAGGUGAGGUGGGGCAUGCCCUGCCCGUGCUGGGAAACCGAUCGCAGCGUCCGAUGGGGCUGGAGGGGCGGGCAGGGGCUGCUACCCAGCGCCAGCCCCAGCCUCGUGCACCAACUGCUGCACCGCUCCACUGAGGGGCACGCUCCCAUCUCCACCCCAGCGCAGGGACAGCAGCUGGACGCUGCGCUGUGACAACCUGUAGUUUUAUCCUCCCACUGGAAGGAGCGGCAGAAAUAAAAUACCGAUCAAACAGCAUUUUGUGAUGCAUCGCGCCAUCCGAGCGUAAGCUUCCACUCCGCUGACCACGAGACUUCCCCCGAUCAACUCUCGGGCGCUGGCACGAAGCCACCCAUGGGUGCACGCACUGGGGGCUGGAGGCGAUGCGAGCGCUGCAGUGACCGCCGACCACGGCUGGGUCCCAGGGCCGGGGCUCUCCCGGCGCCCAGGCCGAACUCCCAGAGCAACAACCGCGCCUCCGCGUCGGGAGCCACGCCGCGCGGGCGCCCUUACGGCGCAGGGAAGGCCUCGAGCCGCGCCCCCUUCCUUCAGCCAAUGGGAAGCGCGGAGCGCGCGGCGGGCGGUGCUGAUUGGGCGGAAGCGGCGCGGUUGCCAGGCAGAAGACGCGGCAGCAUGGCGGGCGCGGUGCUGGGCGUGGGGCCGGGCGCGCUGCUGCUGGCGGGGCUGUGGCUGCUGGCGCUGCUGCUCUGCGUGCUGCUCGCUCGCGCCCCCGGGGCCGCGCGGCUGGCCGCGCUGCUCGUGCCGCUGGGCGCCGCGCUGCUCACCGCCGCGCUGCUGCUGUACCCGCGGGAGGACGGCAGCCCGGGGCCGCCCGCGGGCCCCCAGAUUGUGGACUCCUUCCUGGUGGGCCGCCUGGUGCUGCUGGUCGCCAUGGCCCUGCUGUUCCUGGGCUGCCUGCUGCUGCUGGGGACGCACCUCCUGGAGCCGGUGCACGCCAAGGCGCUGCGCAGCUGGAGGUGACACCGCGCCAGGGUGCUGGGCAGCUGUGGGACCGAGCGGCCUGCUGGAUUGCCCUCUGCCUUCUACUGGAAACGGGAAACACGGAAGACAGAGAGGACUGGCUGCUUGGUUGGCUCGAUGAUCCUAGUGGCCUCUUCCUUCUUCUUUCUAUGAAGUCGGGCUGUUAUCCCUCUGAGCCCACCUAUCUCAGGCUCAGCCUGAGGCCUUGGUUGGUUGGAGUUAAGACUUUAUCUCCAUUUUUUUUGUCCUUUUUUUAAUUUUUCAAGGGAACUGAGGGAGGGUGGUUUCUUCACUUUGUUUUAUUUCAGUAGCAUGGAGGGAAAGUCCUUGAGAAGAGGAGAUCCCAUUUUCAUAGCAGUAAACUGGGAGACCAAGUUGGGGCACUGAUUUUUACUGAAUCAAUAUUCACAAGUUGCCUUUUUAAAAUUAUUUUUUAACAUUAAUAAAACUUUUGGAGGAA